CUGAGUGCGCACGCGCUGUCCCACCGGCGCAUGCGCGCCACCCGGCGUGCCGUCAGCCCAACGACUCCGGGUGUGCGCAGGCGCAGGCCGACAUUCGCGAGGCGCCUCGUGAGGGCGUCGUCCUCGAGGCCGGGUGGCUGAGGAGCCUGGGCCGGCCCGCGAGCCCGCGAGCCGGGGCCAUGUCGGACACCUUCUCGGCGUGGGACUACGCGGUGUUCCUGGGCCUGCUGCUCGUCUCGGCCGCCCUGGGCGUCUACUACGCGUUCGUGGACGGCGGCCAGAGCACGGAGGCCGACUUCCUCAUGGCCCGGCGCGGGCUGACGGCGGCGCCCGUGUCCCUGUCGCUCGCGGCCAGCUUCAUGUCGGCCGUCACCGUGCUGGGCACGCCGGCCGAGGUGUACCGCUUCGGGGCCGCCUUCCUGCUCUUGGGCGUCGCCUACGCCCUGGUGGUCAUCGUCGCGUCCGAGAUCUACAUGCCGGUCUUCUACCGGCUCGGGGUCACCAGCACCCACGAGGUGGGCGGGGCAACGCGGCUGGUGGUGCGCCUGUUGUGUGCGGAAUUGCAGGGCCUCAAAGCCCUUUCUCUAGAGGCUCCUCCAGAAGUUCGCUACAUGGUAUCUGUGAUGGACAAGUUACUCCACUGUUCAUCAGGGCUGGUGUUUGUGAUUAGUGGCAGCCAUGAUGGACUUGUUCCUCGUGUGGUGUGGUUUCUGAGCUGGGUGGGUCAGUCUACUGAUGAGCUGGGUCGUGCCCUGGCUGUUUGCCUGGAGCCCACAGGGGAUGCUUAUGCUGUGCAGGGGUCUGGCACCUUGCCUGGUGCUGUACUGAGCUUUAAUCCUAGCCCUUUGCAGAGACACACUUUCUGGACAAUUGCUAUAGGUGGGACCUUCACAUGGACCGGCAUCUAUGGUGUCAACCAGUCCCAAGUGCAGAGAUAUCUAGCCUGUAAAACCAGGUUCCAGGCAAAACUAGCGCUUUAUUUAAGUCUUUUGGGACUCUGGGUAAUUCUUGUCUGUGCAGUUCUCUCUGGAUUGGGAUUAUACUCAAUGUAUCGUAACUGUGAUCCUUGGACAUCACACAAAGUUUCAGCACCAGAUCAGCUCAUGUCUUAUUUAGCAGUGGAGAUUCUAAGUGAUUCUCCAGGACUUCCAGGACUUUUUGUGGCAUGUGCUUAUAGUGGAACAUUGAGCACAGUAUCUUCCAGUAUCAGUGCUUUAGCGGCUGUAACUGUAGAAGAUCUCAUCAAACCUCAUUUAAGUUCACCUUCACAAAAGACUCUUUCUUUAUUUUCUAAAGGAACAAGUCUGUUCUAUGGAAUACUUUGCAUUGGGAUGGCUGCCUUGGCAUCAUUAAUGGGAGGUCUGUUACAGGCAGCACUCAGCAUAUUUGGCAUGAUUGGAGGGCCUCUCUUGGGCUUGUUUACUCUGGGAAUUUUAAACCCUUUUGCCAAUUCACUUGGCUCAUUUAUUGGUCUUAUUGCUGGAUUCACUGUUUCAAUGUGGAUUGGCGUUGGGGCUCACUUCUAUCCUCCACCUCUUGAGAGAACGUUGCCAUUACCCCUUUCAGUUGCAAAUUGUACUGUAACUAGAAACACACAUUUGGAUUGGACCAAGUUCCCAGAACAUCCAUUCUUAAGACCGUGGAAAACUAGUGAUUUAAAAAGAACUUCUGUAAUGGAUAACCUAUAUUCCAUUUCUUACCUGUACCUCAGUGCUUUGGGGACAUUAAUAACAGUAUUUGUGGGAACAGUUUUCAGCCUUCUAACAGGUGGAAAAGAGCAGCACAUAGACAGAAAAUACUUGCUAAACAUUAAAGAAGACAUGACACUUGGUAGUUUUAAGAAAGAACACUGUGUUGCGGUUCCAUGUAUUCUUCAACUUCCACAGGGACCUUUGUCUCAUCAGGUAAACCGAGUAGAAGUUUCAGCACCGCAAAAUUAGCACAGUGGAAGAAGCUGAUGAGCCAUCUUGAGAAGCUUCACUAAUGCAACAUUUUAUUUUUCCCCAAUUCUGAUCUACACUGGACUGUGGAUUAAUUAGAAAUCUGGUCUUGGCUGUGAGAGGCACAGCCUUAUGCCUCAUCCAUCUUGCCUAAAAUCACUGGUUCUGGGAAUUUUCCACCCUGUGACUUCAAAUGACUUUCUCAUGUUCAGAGAUCUUUUGAAAUUAGCUUGGCACAAACAUUUUGUAGUGUCUGGUUUUUGCAUAUUUUAUUUUCAAAUACUAAGGAUGCUAACCCAAUGCUGUGCUUUCUUGUAUCCACUAUUUUGUCACCUAGUGUCCUAUUUUAUAUUUUUGGUAUGUCAAGCCUUAAUAUUAUUACAGUAUCAUAGUCUUUUGUGCUAUGGGCUGGUUGCUUGGGGAGGGCUGGAGCUGACAGGUGGGCAGCUUGAGGGCUCUACACAUAGUGAUGUGUCAGGAGAAAGCACAGACAGCCUGCCAAAUGUGGUGACCUCACAGCAGAUGACCAGGCAUGGCUAGUAAGCUGUGACAUGCACUGUUGGCAUCAGAGGUCCACUUUUAGUAUGUUAAGUAUAUAUAUGUGAUUACAUCUGUGUGUCACAUACUGGUUGAUGGAAGUCAUCUAUGUGUAAGUGGGGAAGUGCAUGCUAGUCACCUGAGAGUUGGAACAGUCUGGGUCCCAGUCCCGCCUUAUUUGGUGCUGACCCAGGGCAAAUCAUGUCAUCUCUUGAUGCUCAUUUCUAAGAGUAUAAGUUUGUGGAGAACGUGCCAAUGUGCAUUGUCAGAAGGUUUCUUUCCCUGAAUUCUCUGUACACCAAGUUAAUCACAGGAUGGACCAAAAAGAGACUCUUGUGUUUGAAUACUUGCUUUUAUGUGUUAUGGCUAGAGGGCCAGGGUUCUCCCAGCGAGGAACCUUCUCCACCAGUGUAGGUCAGCACCUUCUCUGUGGCUUUGAGUCAUAAAAGAGUGCCCUAGGCCACCAAGAAAUUAAACGACUUGCCCAGGUCAUAAAUCAAAGGGAGGAUUUCAACCUGGGCCUUCCUCUCUGUGCCACACUGCCUCUGAUAUAUGUGUACAUGUAUAUAUGUUUAUACAGGUUAUAUAGCUAUUAUAAAUAAUG